GCAGAGCACCCACACCCACCAAGGAUACACCAUACCUUUACUCCAUACCCUCCCUCUCUCUCUCUCUUACUGUCUCUCUCAACUCUGUGCUCAGCAUCAUCAGAGCUGCUGGGGUUGUGGGCAGCCUGACCGCCGUUGCCACUUAAGGAGAACUUCAAGAACCUCACUUCUCACAGCUUCCCUUUUCCUGCUCCUGCCUAAGGAUGAUGGAGCUGGCACCUAGAUGGAUGAGGCUGAUCUGCUUGUCCCUCCUGUGCCUGCAUCUCUGCCUGCCGAGGGAAUCGAACGCCAAGAGAGCCCCCAAGAUACCCCGCUGUCCUGCGACCUGCUCUUGCACCAAAGACAGUGCCUUCUGUGUGGACACCAAGGCCAUCCCCAAGAGCUUCCCCCCUGGGAUCAUCUCUCUGACCAUGGUGAACGCGGCCUUCACUACAAUCCCAGAGGGAGCUUUCUCACACCUUCACCUGCUACAGUUCCUGCUCUUGAACUCCAACACAUUCACCACAGUCGCUGAUGAUGCCUUCGCUGGUCUGUCUCACCUGCAGUACCUGUUCAUUGAGAAUAAUGACAUCCAGGCUCUGUCAAAGUACACCCUCAGAGGACUCAAAUCCUUGACUCAUCUAUCUCUCUCAAAUAACAACCUGCAGCAGCUGCCCAGAGAUCUCUUCAAACAUCUAGACAUCCUCACAGAUUUAGACCUGCGGGGGAACUCUUUCCGCUGUGACUGUAAGAUCAAGUGGCUGGUGGACUGGAUGGAGAGGACCAACACCUCUGUUCCUGCCAUCUACUGUGCCAGCCCCUUUGAAUUCCAGGGACGCAGGAUCCACGACCUCUUACCACGUGACUUCAGCUGCAUCAGUGCAGAUUUUGCAGUGUAUGAAACCUUCCCUUUCCACUCUGUCUCUGUGGAGACGUACGAGUUUGCGGGAGAUCACUUUGUGGCCUUCGCUCAGCCUGAGUCAGGCUUCUGUACUCUGUAUGUGUGGGAUCAUGUGGAGCUGAACUUCAGGAGCUUUCACAACAUCACCUCUCGCUCUGCUGUGUACUGCAAACCUGUGGUGAUAAACAACACGCUUUACAUGGUGGUUGCUCAGCUUUUUGGCGGAUCUCAUAUCUACAAGUGGGAAGAGGGUCCGUUGCGCUUCGUGAAGAUCCAAGACAUAGACACCACUCGUGUGAGGAAGCCCAACUUUGUGGACACGUUCCAGCUGGAUGAAGAGUGGUACUUCAUUGUAGCAGACAGCUCCAAGGCAGGCUCCACCAGCAUCUAUCGCUGGAACAGCAAUGGCUUCUACUCCCACCAGUCCCUCCAUCCCUGGCACCGGGACACCCACGUGGAGUUCCUCGAUGUAGCGGGAAAGCCUCACCUCAUCCUCUCCAGCGCCUCUCAACCCCCGGUGGUUUACCAGUGGAACCGGAGCCAGAAGCAGUUUGCCUUCCACUCCCUAAUCACAGAGCUGGCUGACGUGCAGAUGGUCAAACACUUCUGGGUGAGGAAAGUUCUCUACCUUUGCCUCACGCGCUUCAUUGGUGACUCCAAGAUCCUCCGCUGGGAAGGCCAGCGUUUCAUAGAGAUCCAGACUCUGCCAUCUCGGGGCUCGAUGUCUGUGUAUCCUUUCACUGUGGGCCUCCGCCAGUACCUCAUUCUGGGAAGUGAUUUCUCCUUCUCCAGAGUUUACCUGUGGGACGACCUCACGCAGCGCUUUCAGCCCUUCCAGGAGCUCAACAUGAGAGCACCGCGGGCAUUCAGCUUGGUCACCGUUGACAGCAAGGACAUUCUGCUGACUGCCAGCUUUAAAGGCAGCACCCUGGCCUACCAGCACCUGUUGGUGGAUCUCAGCGCCAAGUAGACAUGUUAAAGUACAGUCAGUCGCUGAGUAUAUCAUGUGCCAAAUAAAUGAAAGACUGCAAAAAUGUUUAUGCCAUGUAACUAAAGACCUGCUGUUAUAGGUGUUGUUUUAAGAGAGGAAACUGAUUGAAUGAGUAAUCCCUUUUUAUGCACUGUCCCUUAAAAUAUGAAUGAAAUGAUUUGAACAUUUAACAUGCCAACAUAAGUGUCAUCAUAUCACUGCUUCUGUUCUGCCAAACACAUGUCUAAGCCAUGUAUUUUUGAAAGUACUAUGUUGUAUAUUGUACUUUACUAAUGUGAAAAAUGAUAUGUAUGUGCAUCAUUUGAAUUAUUCACUGAAUGACACUGGAAAUUAUAUCUAACUGUAUGGAGGUUUUAUAAAUGACACGGUGUAGUUUAACUGUGCAGCCUUUUGCAUGAUGCUGUACACAUGACAUAACUAUGUAAACAAGCAAUACUUACAACUGCAAUAGUUUAAAUCAUUGUGUUCAUCUCUGUAUAAGCAAUAGUUUUCAUCUGUUUUGGAUUCAAUGUUUGUUCUGCAAUAAUAAGAUGGGACCAUGGCCUGAGCAGACUAAACAAAGGCCCCCACAUUUGAAUGAUAAUGUGAACUGACUUAAAUUUUGCUCUUAUUUUAAAUGUUUAAUAUUUGAAUGAAACAUUCAUUGAUUUGAUUAUAGUGCCAAAUCCCCAAAUAUUAUUUCAGUUUAAGACACAGACUAUAAUGUUUUUUGAAAACAUGGGAAAUAAAAAAAACUGCACUCUUGCCUGUAUAACUUAUAGAAAAUAGAUCAGUUAAUCAAUUCAAUAGGCAUUCUAUGAAAAAAGGAACAUUU